AUGCCUCUACCUACGGUCCUACUCGUACAUGGAGCGUGGCAUUCUCCGGAGCAUUUUGAGCCUCUCAUCGCCGCCCUCGAGGCGCGCGGCUUUAAAGCCCUCACCGCCUCUCUCCCCAGCGUGCAUUACGCUGAACAAGCCCGCCCACCACCGACUGAACUUGCAGCAGACGUCGAAGCCAUCGCCAGCCUGGCCCGGACCGAAUUAGACGCCAACCCGCAGACCGACAUCGUCCUGCUUGGCCACUCGUACGGUAGUCUUCCGGCCUCUUGCGCCGUCCAGUCUCUCGACAAACCAUCCCGACGUAAAUCGGGCCACGCCAAUGGUAUCACCGCCCUAUUUGCGAUUUCUGGCCUGCUCUUACCGUCCGGCUCAUCCCCUUGGGAAAUGGGCGGAAGACAAUACCCUGCCCAGAUGAGCGUGUCGAAGCAGAUGUUUCCCGAUCCAUCAGGCAAUGGGCCUGAUGUUGAAGUAGUCUUUACGACACCCAGUGAUCCUCCAGGACCUAUUGACCUCCUUUACCAUGACGUCGAAGCCAAAGAAGCCGAAAGAUACACGGCGAUGCUCAAACCGUUCGUCUUCAACAACCACUACUCCGUUGUGCCAUGCGCAGGCUAUCUUGCGGUGCCCACGUUCUAUUUACUAUGCUCCGACGACCACGCAUUGCCGCCGGCGGUACAGGAGAUGGUGGUAGCGGGGGCAAAUGCGGACAUUGAAGCGAACGGCGGAGUUGGGAACGUUGAGAUCACCAGGAUUCAUAGUUCACAUAGUCCGUUCCUAAGCCGGGUGGCGGAAACAUCGGACUGGAUCAAGGCGUCCGUGAAUCAGCUUCGUUGA